AUCGCGUCCUGCUCGUCCUAAAUCUCCUUCGCGACGCACGAAACACCGCUAGAAAUAUUUUCUAAAGUUUCUAGCUCCCCGACAUACAAGACACGAUGGCCUCUCAACUUCUUCCCCUUGAGCUUAUCGACAAGUGCGUUGGCUCCCGGAUCUGGGUUGUCAUGAAGGGCGACAAGGAGUUCUCCGGAACCCUGCUUGGCUUCGACGACUACGUCAACAUGGUCUUGGAGGACGUCACCGAAUUCGACUACUCCGGUGCCCAGAUCAAGCUUCCCAAGCUCCUGCUCAACGGCAACAACAUUUGCAUGUUGAUCCCUGGCGGAGAGGGCCCUGGCAGCGCAUAAGCUUGGCCCAGAGGAAAAAUGAUGAAAAGAAACCUUUGCGUUAAUGAUACCGAAUGCGACGACAUGAAAACUCCUUUUAUAGAAUGAAUCAAUCCCAUUGAUACUAGUCAUAUCAUUCCAAAUUCCAACUCCGCUGCACCCUUGCCGUGUAUGGAAAAGGCAGAAUCUUCAAUAUAUUGGGGAUAUCAGGC